AUGUCCGGUGGUAAAGGUGGUAAAGCUGGUUCUGCUGCCAAAGCUUCCCAAUCAAGAUCUGCAAAGGCUGGUUUGACUUUCCCAGUCGGUAGAGUGCACAGAUUACUGAGAAGAGGUAACUAUGCUCAGAGAAUCGGUUCUGGAGCCCCAGUGUACAUGACGGCUGUCUUGGAGUAUCUAGCUGCCGAAAUUCUGGAAUUGGCCGGUAACGCUGCUAGAGAUAACAAGAAGACCAGAAUCAUCCCAAGACAUUUGCAAUUGGCCAUCAGAAAUGAUGACGAAUUGAACAAGCUGUUGGGCAACGUGACUAUCGCCCAAGGUGGUGUCUUGCCAAACAUUCACCAGAACUUGUUGCCAAAGAAGUCUGCAAAGCCAGGUAACGCUUCUCAAGAGUUGUAG